AUGUCGCUCCGUCGGCUCGCGUUGGCGUCCACCGCCUCCGCUGGCGCGGCGUUGGGGGCGUACGUCGCGAACGACGAGGGCGCGCGACGAUCGGCUCGUUUUUGGUACAACGCCGCCCCGGUGUACGCGCGAUAUCGCUUGGUACAGGCGAGACAUCGAGACUUGCGGCGUUUGGGCGUCCCGGAGUGGAUCGGGGCGACGCUGAGCGAUGCGGACGCGGACGCGGCGUACGACGCUCUGCACGACGCGUACGCGAUGAAAGUGCGCGAUUUAGUGUACGACAUGCGAGGGUUUUAUCUGAAGAACGCGCAGUUGCUGUCGACGCGAGAUGACUUUGUGCCGAGGCAGUACCUGUCGUGGUGCAAGGACACGCAGGAUAGCGCGCCGGUGGAGAUGCGACCUGGAGAGGCGAGGGAGAUCGCGGAGAGAGAGCUCGCUUCGAAGGGACACACGGGAGUGUUCGAGGAGUGGGACGAGAAUCCGCUCGGCGUAGCGAGCAUCGGGCAGGCGCAUCGAGCGAAGCUGUCCAAAAAGUAUGGAGGCAAGACUGUCGUCGUCAAGGUCCAGGCUCUGGGUAUUGAGCGCCGAUUUCGGGCGGACAUUCGCACAUGCAUCGACUUUUGUAAAUUAGCGAUGCCACAGCACGUGCCGCCUCUGGAGGAGAUCGAGAGACAGUUCAUGACUGAGUUUGAUUAUUGCGCCGAGGCGGAGAACCUCGAGGAGGUGCGAUCAACGGUGAUGCCGGUUUGGGGGAAGCAGGUGUACAUUCCGGCUCCCCACACGGAGCUGUGCACGAAACAGGUCUUGAUCAUGGAUGAAGUGCCGGGAAAGCGAUUGGUAGACGGUAUUCGCGAUCAGUUUGAUGCCAUCGCUCGCUACAACGGAACGUCAGUGAGCGAUUUGGAGGAGAAAGAGAGAGAAAAUAUUGCGAGCGGGAGUCUCAAGGGUCGAGACGCAAAACAGGCGGCGCAGUACACGAAGAGAGUGAAUACUCUUCUCACGUUCAAACACAGACUACUUUUACCAAUCAAGCUCGCGUACAACACGUCGCCUCUUCGUUUGGUGACCGGACCUGUGAAUUGCCAGCCACCGCCAAAGCUCAUCAACUUGGGGGCGCUUUUGCAAACGUUGAUAGACGUCCACGCGUAUGAGAUUUUCGAAACGGGCGUAUUUAAUGGCGAUCCGCAUCCAGGAAACAUCAUGUUGAUGCCAGACGGUAGACUCGGAUUGAUUGAUUACGGUCAGGUGAAACGCAUAGACAUCAACGCUCGGAGAGCGUACGCGAAGCUCAUUCUCGCCGUCGCGGAAGGCGACGCGGCGGAAUGCCAUAAAAUAGUUCAGUCGGAAAAACCUGACGGUUUUGGUGCGAAGAGUCACAACUCAGAUCCUGAAGUCACUUUGAAGUUAUCGACUUUUUGGAACGACAGGGACACUCCUGACGUCACGGAGGGUCUCAAUUUGCAAGAGUUCUUGGAUGAAAUGCAAGCGCGAGAUCCGGUGAUUAAGGCUCCCGAUGAGAUGGUCAUGAUUGCGCGCGUAUCAGUACUUUUAAGAGGUAUGGGAAACGCGUUCAACAUCAGGCUCAGAAUGGCUGAGGCUUGGAGAGAGGAUGCCGAGAAGCUGCUCAUGCGCACCGAUCCCGAUUACUUUCUCUUGCCAACAAAUCGCGCGAGUUAG